AUGUCCACGGAUUUGGAGGCUCAGAGAACGCAGGAGUCUGCAUCAAGUGCCGUUGCCUCGCCAGAUUUUGAGAUACCCCAAGGGUUGCGAUUCCUCUUAAGGACUACUCAAAUUCGUGUCUACCGCGUACCUAUUGAGGGUGAAAACAAAUGCUGUUCAGCAUUUCCACGCAAGUUCUAUGUGGCAGACGGCGAGGGCAACCCAAUCCUCGAGGGAGUAGAGUCGAGCAGUUGGUGCGCUCGUCUAUGCGCCGAGAGUUCACACGCCUUUGAGGUCGACUUUCGCGACGCCGAUGGGAUCACUGUGCUCUCGAUGGAGAAGACCGCUGCCUGCUCCACCUUCUAUUGCUGCAAUGCACCUGCCAUUUCAGUUGUGUCUGGUAAUGACAACUACGGCACCGUUAUGCAAUCGGGCAUUCUUCCUCGCACUCGGCUUUCGCUACUUGAUGGGCUUGGGAGGCCGCAGCUCAGGCUUCUGGGUCCUUGCGCUCGGCAAAGCCGCUACAUUGAUGGCAUCUUCAAAUUGAAGUGCUUCUCAGAACGCGGCUCCCUCGGACGACUAACAGUGCAGCAUUUCGCGGGGAUGGACAGCUACCAGAUAUACUUCCCUGUCGACCUUGACCUCCGCAUGAAAUGCCUCCUUAUUGCCUCUGCCGUCCUUCUGCGUUUUUUUCAUGCAUAUCUGUCCAUCCGGUCUACUCAACUGGCCUGUCAGUUCUCCACUGUUCGCCCACCCGCUCGCCUUUCUGCGGGUGAAGAGCAGCGCUUCUGCGACAAAAAUCGAUAUUGCCGCGGUGAUGCAGCCGUCGGUGCAGCGCGUCACAAAGAGGGCAAACAUGCUUACAAGCGAAUUUGCGCUUUACUCUGCCCCUUGUUCCAAAAUGUCAGUGGUGGAGGGCGGAGGAAAGGAGGGGGAGAAGCGAUUGCUGCGGUGAUUGCCUGA